AUGGCUGAAGAGAAAACUUUUCGCCAUGGGCUCAUCGUCCUGGGAGUUUUUCUGGUGAUGAUCGGAAUGUUCAUCAUGAGUGUGGAGAAGCCCCAGAUCUACAUCACCUUUUGUACCUUAGGGGCCUUGGUCAUUGCUGCGGGGAUCAUUUGGAGCAUGUGCCAGUGCUACCCGAAGGUAGGAAACAGUCUACUUUUCCCUUUUUCUAAAGAAUGUGCCUUCAACAGUUGCAUUUGGGCUGUAUCCAACUCAGACUUCCCAAGAAUAUAUUUGGGUUCUUGGAAACGGCGGAAUUAUAUGUUUCCUACUCUUUAUUGAGCUUGUUAGCCUUUUAAGAAGUAGAAACUUUAAAAUAUUUUACUUGCAAAGCAAUCAAUUUUUUGGGUAUCUGCUCGAUUAAUAAAUUACUUUACACAUUGGUUUCCUUACUGUUGCCACAAAAAUAAUGAUGCCGUCGCAGAAUAGGUAUUAGAAUGGUGCCACAAUAUAAUGCAGUGGGAACUGUAGAAAGAGUAAGUUAGGUAAUGGUGAAUCUAAGGCUGUUCCCUGUUGGAGUUGCAGCUUGAAUCUUCUUUCUGAAAAUCUAGGAUUUGAUUGAAGACACAGUUUGGAAUGUAAAAAUAAAAAUAAAAUGCCUUUCUUCUAGGGAACCCCUACAUCUCCUUGGAGAUAGGUGAGAAAGAAUCACUUUGCCCAGGGUGGGCUGCCUCAUGAGCUUUAUCUGAGAUCCAAAUGAUACAUCACAUUUUCUUAAUUAAAUUCAGUGUUUGUGCAUGUGUUUGUAUGUAGCUGCUCAUUUGAUGGGAGGAAAUAACUCCCUUGUUCCAAGGAGUUAUCUUCCCUUACUUCCCCGCUUUCCCUCCCCAGAUCAGAGUUGUUUCUGUUGAUGUGGAGUCUGAGAAGUUUCUUGCAAAGAACACUGCUGCUUCAUCUGUUCAAAAUGAGAUUCCCGAGAAGAACAGGUAUGUUUGCGAAAACCAAGCCUGUAAGCUUCAACUCAACAGUCUGCAAUCUAUUUUUUAAUCAGAAUACAGUACUCGCCUGUGCAUAUUGCAAACUGUGUUCCGCAGAGGGACAAGGUCAACGUCUGGAAAUGCUGGCACAGGGCAGUAAAUUGCACAAUUUAAGUGUAUUUUUAAGCAGGAGAAAAGUGGUGUCCUUAGGGAAAAUAUAAAGCUCCCCAGAGGUAUGUGUGUUUGUGUGUAAAGCAUGGAACAGCUUUGGAGACCUAUGUGUAGGAAAGCAAAAGGCAGCAGCGUUUACAGCACAAUCCUAUGCUUGUCUGCUUGGAAAUAGAUCUCAUUGAGUUCAAUGUGGCUUACUCUCAGAUGUGUGUAUAGGAUUGCAACCUCCAUCUCAUUUCAGUGUCUAGCCCUGCUAUAUAUAAUCCAGUCCAGAAAAAGAAUGUGGGCCUCCUUGGGAUUCAUUCUGCACUGGCCAUAAGAACAGUAGCUCCUUUGACCUUGUCUCUCUGGGUUGUGCAGAAGCUAUAAUUGGUCAAUCAAGAUAAAAUUAUGGCAGCUUAAAGGAGCUUCUUUGCCAUCUUCCACCUCAUAUCCAAGCUUCUUCAGAACAGUGCCUCCCUCACCCUAGAGAUGGAUAAAUCCUGAUGAAAUGGUAUUUGUAGGAGGUGAUCUCCUGCAGAGUGCAGUGACAGGUAGGGUGGAUCUACACACAGGGGAAAAUCACUAUAAAUAAGCCAGAAAUUAGAUCUGUUAUAAUAAAAGAAAGAAAAAACCCUAUGGAAAAUCGCAUAUAAAAAAUUUCUGCUCUCUGGCACCAUCUGGUGUUGCAUGCUUAUAGCACAUUCAAAUAGUUGUUGCUUUACUAAUGUAGCUGAGUCCCAGGCGUGAGAUAAUCUUUGGCUAUCCUGGUCCCAAGCUGUAUAGAGCUUUGUACCAAGUUCAUUGGUCACUUCUUCCCUUCCUCUCCACAUUGACUAAGGUCAAGAGCACAGCCUGCUGCCAGGAGGCCUAUUUUAUGUGCUUCAUAAGCAACUGUUUUUCUGAUUGAAAACCUGGACCCGGCACCAGCCUACUGUGAAUUAGCCCAGCCUCAAAGGCAUCCAUGGGCCAUUCCCUUCCUGGCUAUAUGUCAUUUACUUGCUCAGAUCUCCCUUCCCACCACACUCCAUCCAUCAACUUCCCUUAAACAGGCUUCUUAACAGCGCAAGACAAUUUCCCAUAAUACUCCAAUUGCCAACAACAGAAAGGAAAGUGAAACUAAAGUAGCUGAAGGCAGCAUCGCCCUGGCAUACAGACUGAUGGAUUUUGUAUGUCCCUUUCUCUUAGUCAGCCAGGAGGGAAUGGAGGACAGGUAAGAAAAGCAGGUCUCUUGACAGCUCAAAUCCAGAUAACGAACAACUGCAACAUGCUUAAGAGGAAGCAAACAUGACUAGAGAAAUGCUAGGUCCUCUGAAGCUGCUCAAAUUUCUAAAUCAGUAAAUAAUCAGAUUCCUGUCCCCUGUUAAUAACAGAUGUAACAAAUCUAGUGAAGUAAUAUACCACUUUCUCAUGUUGUUUGCUCAGUUCCCAGACACCUUACACCAGCCAGAAAGAAGCUGAAGUCUAUGAGAAAAGCCUGCCGUCUUACGAACAGAUCCAGAUGAAAGUGGCAGGUGCAGAAUCUGUGGGUGUUCUGUCUGCCCCAGUCCCACCGGUCAGGGCAGAAGGAUGUACCCAGCCUGUUGUACAGGCCAAGGCAGAGGUCCACAGGGAUUCAGAAAGCGAUGGAGACUCCUGCAAGGACCCAUUGUCCCAGAAGGACUCUACAAGGUUGUACUGGUGAGUAGCUCAUGCGGUGCGUUCAGGGGCUGGUUUGAAUAGAACACUACCCUGAACCUUAUGAUCACCUUAUGGUGAUUUCUGUUAGGCACUCUGGAUAGAUAAAAUUUUGCAAAGGUGGGAUGGUUGUCAAAUUAUAUAAAUAUUAGUUGGUUGUAUGCAUUUGCAUUGCUUGAUUAAACAAAAUGAAUAAAUGAACAUCUGCAUAAAACAAUGUUACUAAUGCAGGUGUCAGAACCGACACAAUCUUUGAAAAUAUAUAAUAUUCUAUGUUAGAAAUUAUAUCCUUUUCUAUGUGUGAGAUAUGGCACAGUGAUAUAUAUCUAUAUAUUUACUACACAAACACACACACACACACACACACACACACACGAGUGUGUAUAUAUAUAGAGAGAGAGAGAGAGAGAGGAGGAGGAGAGAGAGAGAGGGCCACUGAUUGUUUAUCUGGGAGCUCCUUUCGAACUGAACAAAACUGAACAGGGGUCGGCCACUGUGACAAGAGGAUGUUGGACUAAAUGGACCACUGGCCUGAUCCAGAGCAAGGCUCUUCUUACGUUUUUAUGUUCUUUAAUUGAUUAAUCUAACUGAUUGGCAACAUUAGUUGAUUAAUCUGUUAGAUUAAUCAGCUAAUGUUACCAUCCCCAUAGAAGGUGGAGCUAAAUAUAAGAUGCAUGCUAGCUCUGUAUCAAUGAAAAGCCAACACAGUCUGUACUGCCCAGUGUUGUUCCUUCUAGUUAUAGCAGGCAUCACAAGCCCAAUACCUUCCAGGUGGAGUGCAACUCCUGUUAACUCAGACCAUUGGGAAUGCUGGCCGGGGAUGAUGGGAGUUGGGUCCAAGAACAUCUGGAGGGGACUACAUUGGUGACUCUUGAGUUCAAGAUCAAAACAAUGCUGUUGGGCUGGCAUGGUCAAUAAUAUUUAAUUUACCCUUAGAAACCAAGUUAAAUAAACCAACAACAGCUGGUCAUUCCAGAACCAGGGAUGUUCCGGUGAAAAGCACAGCAUCUGCCCAGCUUGAUUUACUAUAAACGUCCUAGUAGAAACACAAAACAGCUGAACAAUCAGCCUUGGAAGCUAUGUCCUUCAAUGAACCUUCUCUUUAAAUUCUAGUGAGUCGGAAAAGUUUCCUAACCAGGCGCCACUGGCUUCUUUCCAAGAGGAAGCUGAUGCCUCUUCCGUGGAAUCUGCAGCCAACAGUCCGUUUCUACAGAGGUGGGAAAAUGUCUCGAAGCCUAUGUCUCCAACAGAAAGCCAGCUCAGAUUCAAGCUUCCUUCCUAUGAAGAUUUUGCCCUGAUCGAUUCCCUGACGGCGGAAGGUCAAGGUCAAAACAAUGAAAGGAUAACGGCACCUAACCAAAGCCCUUGCCCUAUUCCUGCCCCCAGAGGAGAUGGGGCAUUGGCUACAGUAGGGCCUGAACGACUGGAACACAGAGCUAUGCAUAAUGUAGAAGAGGAUGACAUGUACUAUGGAAUAAAAGAGGGAGCAGGAGACGUCCCCUCAUCGGUUGGUGCUGUCUCUGAACCAAAGGACUAA